UUCAGCAUUAAUUUUGCUUCUUCUCUUCUCUUCUCUUCUCUUCUCCUCGGAGAGACGAAAGCGACCGUCUCGCCUGUCACCACGAUCUCGCUAACAGUAAAACAAGCAAAACUCCAUCUUUCUCUUUCUCUUCCUUUUCUUAAAUCUCUUACAAUCUCUACUUCAGAGAGAGAGAGAGAGAGAGAGAGAGAGAUUGUUGAAGAAUUCCGGUGAGAAUAUGCGCCGGUCGCGUUUCUCCAACAGGUAGUGCCGGAAGACUCACUGGAGGGGAACUAAAGUUCUAGAAAUUUGAUUGAUUCGGCCGGAAUUUUGCAAUGUCUUCACCAACGCCGGGAGCUUCUCCAGCUCCCACAUCACCAGCUACGAAUAAUACUUCUCCGACGCCAGCUACGAAUAAUACGACGCCGGCGUCUCCCGCGCCGGUAACUACUACCGCAUCUCCACCUCCUCCCACUACUAGUCCACCACCUCCUGCUUCUUCUCCACCACCUCCUGCGUCUUCUCCACCACCUCCUGCGUCUUCACCACCACCUCCCGCGAGCUCAACGACCUCUCCGCUCGCUCCCGCUCCUUCGGCUUCUCCACCUCCUCCAUCUUUCACAUCUCCGCCCCCUCCUUCCAACACAAAAACCUCAUCUCCGCCCCCUCCUUCCAACACAAAAACCUCACCUCCACCGCCUCCCUCCACUAAUACCUAUUCCCCCCCUCCGCCGCCCUCGUCAUCCGGCUCAUCUUCUACUGGGGCAUCGACUGCGCUCAUUGCUGGAGUUGCAAUUGGAGGAGCCGUUCUGGUAGCUUUCUUGUGCUUAAUGUUCUUCUGUUGUAGGAGGAAGAGGAGGAGAACUCAUGAGCCCGCCGUGUAUUACUACGCACCACCCCCAACUGGGCCGAAAGAUGGAACUUAUGUUGGGCAUCCUCAACAAUGGCAGCACAAUGCCCCUCCUUCUGAGGUCUAUGCUGCCACGAUGCCACCAAAGCCCUUUCCCCCUCCUCCACCACCAAUUUUAAGCAGCAGUGGAGGAUCAGAUUCCAAUUAUUCAGGAUCUGAUGUCCCACUACGACCACCAUCUCCUGGCAUUUCAUUGGGUUUCUCAAAGAGUACAUUCACUUAUGAAGAAUUAGCGAUGGCAACAGAUGGAUUCUCAGAUGCCAACAUAUUGGGUCAAGGUGGUUUUGGAUAUGUCCACAAAGGAAUUCUUCCGAAUGGGAAAGAGGUAGCAAUUAAGGCGCUUAAAGCUGAUAGUGGGCAAGGGGAGCGUGAAUUUCAGGCAGAGAUUGAGAUUAUUAGCCGAGUACAUCACAAACAUCUUGUUUCAUUAGUAGGAUACUGCAUGGCUGGAACCCAAAGAAUACUUGUCUAUGAGUUUGUUCCAAACAACACAAUGGAAUUUCACUUACAUGGAAAGGGGAGGCCGAUUAUGGACUGGCCAACUAGACUGAAAAUUGCUCUAGGCUCUGCAAAAGGACUUGCAUAUCUCCAUGAAGAUUGUCAUCCUAAGAUUAUUCAUCGUGAUAUCAAGGCAGCUAAUGUCCUCCUCGAUUUUAAAUUUGAGGCAAAGGUUGCAGAUUUUGGGCUUGCCAAAUUCACUUCUGAUGCUAAUACUCAUGUUUCCACUCGAGUAAUGGGAACCUUUGGGUAUCUGGCUCCAGAGUAUGCAGCAAGCGGGAAACUCUCAGAUAAAUCAGAUGUCUUUUCGUUUGGUGUCAUGCUGCUAGAGUUGAUUACUGGGCGUCGUCCUGUUGAUUCAGCUAACACAUUCAUGGAUGAUAGUUUGGUCGACUGGGCAAGACCUUUACUUACACAAGCUCUAGAAGAUGGCAACUACGACACCCUUGUUGACACACGGCUGCAGAAGGAUUAUGACCCCACUGAGAUGGCACGCAUGGUAGCCUGUGCUGCUGCUUGUGUGCGUCAUUCUGCAAGGCGUCGGCCACGCAUGAGCCAGGUUGUCAGGGCCUUGGAAGGAGAUGCAUCGCUGGCUGAUUUGAAUGAAGGUAUCAGACCUGGACACAGCACAGUUUAUGGUUCAUAUGGAGGCUCAGAUUAUGACACAAGCCAAUACAAUGAAGAUAUGAAGAAAUUCAGGAAGAUGGCACUUGGUGGCACUCAAGAAUACGGAGGAAGCAGCGAGUACAGUACUGGUCCACCAACCAGCGAGUAUGGUAUGUAUCCAUCUGGGUCGAGCAGUGAAGCAGGUCAUCAAUGAAGAAAGACAGUCGAGGGUUCAGUGGAAACUCUUGAAAGACCCGUGCCUGUUAAAAUGAAGUCUCUUUUCCCACAUAUGCCCCAUCCCCUUGAAUGUUGUUGUCUUAAAUCUGAGAAUGACAAACUUGUGUUGCCUGAGGUAUCAUUCAUCAUUUGUUCAUCCUUUUCUUUCUUUCUUUUCCACAGGUUGGGAGAUUUCAUAUUCAAUUUUUUGUAACUAUUAAUCACACUAAAGCUACUUGAUUAUAAGAAUUGCAAAUAAUUUACACAUAUAAUUAGUAAAUUCUUUUUUCUUUCUUUC